AUCAAAGAACUGCUAGUGGGGGAUUCUCCACAAAAAUUGAUAGUCAAAGUCCUCUCAAAUUCUAUAUUAUCCUCAACAUCCCAUUCACUUACGAGGAAACUUCGUCGUCAAUAAGUGUGGAGUGCCUGGUGGCUAAUGGGAACCUUCCUCUUCAUAUAUCAUAUUAUGUCUUGUCCCUCUCAGAAACUGCAUAUAAUUGUCCUUGGCCUUGCAUAUGCUUGCCCUGCUUUCAUUCAUUGCGAGAACCAAGAAGCAGAGGGUUUCUCUAGAUGGAUGCUUUCCGAGAUUCCUCUUCCUCCUCUUACCGGUGUUCCUAUCAUGCCUUCUUGAGUUUCAGAGGCCAGGACACGCGCAGGGGCUUUACUGAUCACCUCUAUAGAGCCUUGGAGCUAGCAGGAAUCCACACGUUUAGAGACGAUGAUGAAAUCAAGAGAGGGGAGAAUAUUGAGUCGGAGUUAGACAAGGCGAUACAGGAGUCACAAGUAUCGAUAAUUGUCUUCUCCAAGGACUACGCUUCCUCAAGGUGGUGUUUGAACGAACUUCUGAAGAUCGUGGAACGUAGAAAUACUGAUCAUAGACAUGUGGUUCUGCCAGUUUUCUAUGAUGUGGAUCCAUCCGAUGUCAGGAAGCAGAGUGGUACUUUUGCUAAAGCAUUUGCCAGACAUGAGGAGCGAUUCAGUACCGAGAUGGACAAGGUGGAGCAGUGGAGAAGAGCUCUUGGAGAUGUUGCAUCUUUGGGAGGCAUGGUUUUAGGAGAUCGGUAUGAGGGGCAGUUCAUCCAAGAUGUUGUUGAAGAGAUUAGUAAUAAACUGGAUCCCGCAGCUUUAGACGUUGCUCCCUUUGCAGUUGGAAUAGAUAAUCGUGUGCAAGACCUAAAUAUGUGGUUACAAGAUGGAUCAAAUGAUGUUGGUGUAGCUGUCAUCUGUGGUAUGGGUGGAAUUGGCAAGAGCACCAUUGUGAAAGCUGCUUAUAACCAAAACUUUGAUAGAUUUCAAGGUAGCAGCUUUCUUGCAGAUAUACGAGAAUCUUCAGAACAACCUAAUGGUUUUGCUCGCUUGCAAAGAAAACUUCUUUUAGAUAUCCAAAAGGGGAACGCAAAGAAAGUAUACAAUGUGGCUGAAGGAAUAAGCAGGAUCAAACGAGCCGUAGGCUAUAAAAGAGUUCUUAUUGUUCUCGAUGAUGUGAACAGCCGGGAUCAACUCAAUGCAAUUCUUGGAAUGCGAGAAUGGCUUCAUCCAGGAAGUAAAAUUAUCAUAACAACUCGACAUGAACAUUUGUUAAAUGCUCAUGAAGUUUGUGAAAAGUUUAUGGUUCGAGAACUGGAUGAAGAUGAAUCACUUGAGCUUUUCAGUUGGCAUGCCUUCGGACAAUCCCAUCCGGUAGAAGGUUACAUGGAGCUUUCAAGACAUGUGGUGCAGCAUUGUGGAGGGCUUCCAUUAGCUAUUCAAGUUCUGGGAUCUUCUUUAUCUGGAAAAAGUGUAGAAGUAUGGCAAAGUGCAUUGCAGAAGUUAGACGUGAUCCCUAAUGACAAAAUUCAAAAAGUUCUGAGGAUAAGUUUUGAUUCUUUACACGAAGAUCAUGACCAAAAUUUAUUCCUUCAUAUAGCUAGCUUCUUCACAGGAAAGACGAUGGAUUAUAUAAUUACAAUACUGGACAACUUAGAGUUUUGCACAAGGGUUGGGAUUGAAAAUCUAGUUGAUAGAUGUCUAGUGACAAUUCAAGGGACGAAGUUGGUCAUGCAUCAAUUGUUGAGAAACAUGGCAAUGGCAAUUAUUCGCAAAGAAUCACCUCAUGACCCUGGAAAACGUAGUAGAGUGUUGCAGAACGAUGCCUCUAAUAUUUUGAGAAAAUUAAGUGGCACAGAAAAUAUUAAGGGCCUCAUGCUCAACCUUGCUAGCAAAAGAACAUUUGUUGGAAGUGAUAACAAACGAUGCCAUGCUGAAGAUUAUGAUGGAAACUGUUCAAGACGACGUCGGCUUGGUUUCUUCUCUUGGAAGCCAGUUAGUUUUUCCUCCACAAACUCAGCUUCUGCAUCAAAUGAGAUAGAUUUCAAAUCUGAGGCUUUUAGAAGGAUGCACAAUCUUGAAAUUCUCAUGCUCAACAACGUCAACGUCAGGGGAAGCUACGAAGAAUUUUCAAAAAAAUUAGUAUGUUUAUCUUGGCGAGGAUUCCACUUAAAAUCAAUACCCGAAAAUUUUUGUUUGGAAAACCUGGUUGUUCUAGACAUGCGAAAUAGUAGCCUACAACAUGUUUGGAAUGAGACCAGGGUUAUUCCGAGGCUGAAGAUUCUUAAUUUCAGUCAUUCGCAUGGCCUUAGGACAGUCCCCGAUUUCUCAGGACUCUAUAACCUUGAGAGGUUGAUUCUUAAACAUUGCAUAAAUUUGGUUGAGGUUCAUGAGUCCAUCGGAAACCUAGAAAAACUUGCUGUUUUGAAUCUAGAAGGCUGCAAAAAUCUCAUGAAGCUUCCAGUAUUGAGAUCUAUUCAGGAUCUUAUUCUUUCUGGUUGCUCAAAGCUUGAAAUGAAGAAACUCAAUCUGGUAUCAGCUAAAUCAUGGUAUUCAGUCUGGUCGUGGGUGUCGCCAAGAAAACAUACUGAAUUAAGCAGUUUCUCAUUGGCAAGUUUACCACGUUCUUUGAUAAGUUUAAGUCUGGAUUGCUGCAAUAUAUCAGAGAUUCCAAGUGCCCUAACUAUGCUGUCCUCGUUAGAGUACUUGAAGCUGGAUGAUAAUCCGAUUACAAGCCUACCAGAAAGCAUGAACAAUCUUGUUAAGCUCCAGAGUCUUAAAGUAUCUGGUUGCAGAAACCUCACAAUGCUUCCAGAGCUCCCACGUUCUUUGACAAGUUUAACACUGGCUUGCUGCAAUAUAUCAGAGAUUCCAAGUGCCCUAACUAUGCUGUCCUUAUUAGAGUACUUGGAUCUUGAUGGUAAUCCGAUUACAAGCCUACCAGAAAGCAUGAACAAUGUUGUUAAGCUCCAGACUCUUAAAGUAUCUGGUUGCAGAAACCUCACAAUACUUCCAGAGCUCCCACGUUCUUUGACAUGUUUAACACUGGCUUGCUGCAAUAUAUCAGAGAUUCCUAGUGCCCUAACUAUGCUGUCCUCAUUAGAGUACUUGGAUCUUGAUGGUAAUCCGAUUACAAGCCUACCAGAAAGCAUGAACAAUGUUGUUAAGCUCCAAACUCUUAAAGUAUCUGGUUGCAGAAACCUCACAAUACUUCCAGAGCUCCCACGUUCUUUGACAGGUUUAACACUGGCUUGCUGCAAUAUAUCAGAGAUUCCAAGUGCCCUAACUAUGCAGUCCUCAUUAGAGUACUUGGAUCUUGAUGGUAAUCCGAUUACAAGCCUACCAGAAAGCAUGAACAAUCUUGUUAAGCUCCAGACUCUUAAAGUAUCUGGUUGCAGAAACCUCACAAUACUUCCAGAGCUCCCACGUUCUUUGACAGGUUUAACACUGGCUUGCUGCAAUAUAUCAGAGAUUCCAAGUGCCCUAACUAUGCAGUCCUCAUUAGAGUACUUGGAUCUUGAUGGUAAUCGGAUUACAAGCCUACCAGAAAGCAUGAACAAUCUUGUUAAGCUCCAGACUCUUAAAGUAUCUGGUUGCAGAAACCUCACAAUACUUCCAGAGCUCCCACGUUCUUUGACAUGUUUAACACUGGCUUGCUGCAAUAUAUCAGAGAUUCCAAGUGCCCUAACUAUGCAGCCCUCAUUAGAGUACUUGGAUCUUGAUUGUAAUCCGAUUACAAGCCUACCAGAAAGCAUGAACAAUCUUGUUAAGCUCCAGACUCUUAAAGUAUCUGGUUGCAGAAACCUCACAAUACUUCCAGAGCUCCCAAGUUCUUUGACAUGUUUAACACUGGCUUGCUGCAAUAUAUCAGAGAUUCCAAGUGCCCUAACUAUGCUGUCCUCGUUGGAGUACUUGGAUCUUGAUGGUAAUCCGAUUACAAGCCUACCAGAAAGCAUGAACAAUCUUGUUAAGCUCCAGACUCUUAAAGUAUCUGGUUGCAGAAACCUCACAAUACUUCCAGAGCUCCCACGUUCUUUGACAUGUUUAACACUGGCUUGCUGCAAUAUAUCAGAGAUUCCAAGUGCCCUAACUAUGCUG